AUGAAGUUUGGGCAAUCGACUUCCAAACUUGGGAAAGUCAAGUUAGCUACCGGUGGCCCAAGUUUGCCUUACAUACGACUGAUACCGAAGGUUACAGCUGUGGCAGGGGAGGAAUUCCGCAUCAAGUGUCCUGUAGCUGGAUACCCAAUCGAAGAAAUCAGAUGGGAAAGAGAGCUACCUGAAGACCUGCGACAGAAAGUGAAUCCUACAACGGGUUUGCUGGUGAUAGAUCCAGUCCAGAAGGGCCCCGACGCUGGACUCUACACCUGUUGGGCCAAGAACAAGCAGGGGCAGACUGCCAAGAGGAGUGGCGAGAUCAGUGUCAUAGUCCCUCCCAAGAUAAGCCUUAGUGCUGAACAGACCCUGCACCUGGGCGAGCGUACCUCAUUUACCUGUAGCGUGAACAAAGGUGACCCUCCUCUAACAGUGACCUGGUUAAAAGAUGGCAGACCUCUUGAUCCUAAACAUAGGCUUGCAGUGCAGCAGGUUGACCAGUACAAUAGCAUGCUCAUCAUACACAGCCUGUCGCCAGAGCACAAUGGCAACUAUUCCUGUGUGGCAAGGAAUCCAGCUGCUGAAGUUGUCUACACACAGCGCUUAGUUGUCAACGUGCCUCCGGCAAUCGAAGCAUUUUCAUUCCCUGAAGGAGGAGUUGCAGAGGGUUCGCGGACCCGUAUUGUGUGUGGGGUGUCCAGAGGUGACCCCCCGCUCGCUAUCACGUGGCUCAAGGAUAAUUCUCCCCUCCCGCCACACUUGGCUAUCAACCUCACCAAACUGGACAUGUACUCAAGCCUUCUCAGCAUACCUAGCCUGGAUUCAAGCCAUACUGGUGAAUACACUUGCGUUGCUUCUAACCCUGCUGCUGAGGCUAGGUAUUCCUCAAAACUACAGGUUAAAGUUCCUCCGAGAUGGAUUGUCGAACCAAUGGAUGUUAGUGUAGAACGCAAUAGAAAUGUUGUUUUAGAUUGUCAAGCCCAAGGAGUUCCUCAACCAACAAUUAUUUGGAAAAAAGCUACAGGAUUAAAAUCAGGUGACUAUGAAGAAAUAAGAGACAGGAUGUAUACAAAAAUUCUGAAUAAUGGUUCCUUACUACUUCAAAAUGUUAAAGAAGACAGAGAAGGUUACUAUCUUUGUCAAGCACAAAACGGUAUCGGUAAUGGCAUUGGAAAAGUUUUGCAACUCAAAGUCAACUCUUCACCAUAUUUUUCUGGACCUCCAAGAAGUGUGACUGUUAAAAAAGGAGACACAGCAGUUUUAACCUGCAGGGUUCACGGAGAUACACCAAUAAAUAUCAAAUGGACACGUCAAGGAAAAGUACCACUAACACCAGCUAAUAAUUACAGGGUAAAUGUUAAACAAGAAGCAGUUCCAGGUGGUAUUAUCUUAGGAGAACUGCAUAUUGCUGGUGCUGAAUCUGCAGAUAGUGGUUCCUAUUUCUGUCAAGCCAUAAAUCUUUAUGGAAGAGAUCAACAACUUGUACAACUAACAGUUCAAGAACCUCCUGAAAAACCAACUGAAUUAAAGGCUGUGAUGGUGAAUAGCCGAUCAGUCAAUUUACAAUGGGCACAUCAAACUGGUGAUCCAACUGAUGUCACUAAAUACAUAGUUCAAUACAAAGAAGCUUCAGGUUCCUGGAGGCAGAAUGAAUUAAGUGGUCAAGUAAGAGGGGCACUGAUUGAAAAUCUGAAACCUGCUACUAAGUACCUAAUGAGGGUCAUUGCAGAAGGUCCUGCUGGAAGAAGUUCACCAUCCACUGAAUUGUGGGUUCGGACUGAGCCUCAGAGACCAGCAGGGCCUCCGCUCGGAUUGGCUGUACGUCCUGUCUCUUCAACGCAACUGCAUGUCACCUGGUCACCACCUCUUCCAGAUUUAAGGCAUGGAGAUAUACAGGGCUACUAUGUUGGAUAUAAAGAAAUAAGUGCUGUAAAUAGUAAUUACAACAUGACAGCAGUAAGUGGUGAUGGUGAAGAUGGUACCGGAGAAUUAUUACUUGGAGGUCUUGAAAAGUACACAAGAUAUACGAUUGUAGUUCAAGCAUUUAAUCAAGUAGGUCAUGGUCCUCUGUCUGAACCAGUUUCUGCUCAAACGUUAGAAGAUGCUCCUAGUGCACCUCCUGAAAAUAUAAGGUGCACUGCCUUAGGUUCACAGUCACUUCAGAUCAAUUGGCAAUCUCCUCCUAUACAGCAUUGUAAUGGAAUAAUACAAGGUUACAAGAUACUUUAUGAUACUCAAGACCCUGAAAUGGAUAUUGGCCUGGAAACAAGAAAAACUUCAGCACUUACAAUAAUAUUAACUGGUUUACAAAGAUAUACCAACUAUUCCUUGCAAGUUUUGGCAUUUACUAGGAUUGGAGAUGGGCCAUAUACAAAGUCAUCAUACUGCCAUACUGAUGAAGAUGCACCGGGCCCACCAGACGAUAUCAAAGUAGUUGUAAGUAGCCAACAGUCACUCUUGGUUUCAUGGCUACCUCCGGCACAUCCUAAUGGUAUAUUGAUCGGUUACACUCUCUAUACCAGGAUUGUAGAUGGCCAGGCAGAAUUAAAUCAUGGCAAGAGAAGCAUUCCAAAUAGUCAAACCAGUUUUGAAACAAAGCACCUCCAGCAACAUGUUGAAUAUCAGUUUUGGGUCACAAGUUCAACAAAAGUUGGAGAAGGACAGAGCUCAAGGGUUGUAUCUCAGAUGCCGAGUAGCAGAGUACCUGCUAAAAUAUCAUCCUUUGGGCAAAUUGUUCGAAAACCCUGGCAUGAGACUGUAACUUUAGCAUGCAUGGCUGUUGGCAAUCCAACUCCUAAGAGAGAAUGGCUGAAAAAUGAUGUCAUUUUGCAUUCAGUGCCCAACCAUAACGUACAGGUGCUAGAAUCAGGAGAGUUGGUUUUAUCUAGCUUAAGCAGAGGAGAUUCUGAUAAUUAUACCUGUCUUGUGGAAAAUGCACUUGGGUCAGAUCGAAUUCAUUAUUCUCUGAUUGUACAAGUUGCUCCUGGAACACCUAUUCUGUAUGUGAGCAGUGCUACAAGUAGUAGUAUAUUACUUCAUUGGAAACCAGGAGAAAAUGGUGGAGCCCCAAUUUUAGGAUACACAUUGUAUUAUAAAAAAGCCCAUGGAGAUAUUGAAGAGAUACAGUUAUCGAGAAGAACAAUCAGUCAUGAACUUAAAGGCCUCACAUGUGGUAGCACUUAUCAGAUUUACUUGAACUGCUUUAACAAGCUCGGAACAUCACAGCCUAGUCGUCCUCUAUCGGUGAGAACACAGGGACAAUAUCCAGGCGUACCACCUCCUUCUCACUUCUUAGCUCCAAAUUCAACAUCAGUAGUUCUAAGACUUCAUGUUUGGCCUGAUAACGGCUGCCCCAUCACUUCAUUUGUGGUCAGAUAUAAAACAGUCAAUGAACAAGAAUGGUUACUAGAGGUUCCACCUCCUGAAUUAGUGAGAAGAGGACAUUUUGUAAGAGCUUUUUAUACAGAUCCACGAAUAAUUUUACCUUUGAUUGUAGCAAUUGUUUCCUUGAUAGCAACUGCAACAACUAUCGUGUUCUGCCAAAGGACAAGACAAGCUAGAAAUAUGAAGGAAGCAUUGGAUAAUCAGCAAAAUGCUGAAGCCCAAAGAGAAAGAUAUUACGCUACUAUUCAUAAAGUAGGCUUACAAUCAAGUACAGAUAAGAUUCCUGAAACAUCUGAAGACAUAUCUCCAUAUGCAACUUUUCAAUUAUCUGAGCCAAGCAACACAUUAUUGCACAGUUUUAUGUACCAUGAGCAAGCGAUUGCUGAGGGAUGCACCUCAGCACCACCUAUGAGACCACAACUCCAAAUACAUCUUAUAUUUACCAAGCUCAUUCCAGUACUUCUUCAGAUAUUUCUCCAAUGUCUGAAGCAAAAUCACUUCCACGUCGUGGAGGUAGAACAAGGUAUUAUGCAUCUCCCUUCUCCUUCUCCAUCUCCAAUUGCUCCAGAAAUCCAGAUUCCUGGCUGGAACACUGUUAUUGCAGGUUCUAACAAAGUUUCUGCAUUUAGCAAAGAGGUUUAGUGGUUGGCACCAGGGAGCAAGCCGAUGCGGCAGUCGCUGUCAAUAGCAGAGACAGCGUUCAGGUCAACUCCUGAACGCAGCACUGAGCUAAGUGAAGCUGAGUGUGACAUAGACACAGUAAAGAAGCUCAAACUUGGGAUCAGGUCAAGUCUCUGGUCUCGCCCUAGUCCGCAUGGACAACAGUCUGACUAUUCUAUAGCUGUAUAGGCCUCAUAGGAACAAUUUACCCCAAGCUCUUCAUCUCCGUAUUCAAGAAAAAAAAUUAUAUUAUGAAAUAACAAAGUAAUUAUGUAACGGAUUAAAUCUCAUUAAUGUUUCUUCGUAAAAUUUACAGUAUUUUAUAAAUUAUAUUGUAUAUAUCAGAGUAUAUAAGUUAUUUCUUGUAAUGUUUAUUAAAUAAAUAAAUAUAUAUAUGUAUGUAUGUGUAUAUAUAUUUAUAAUUUUUUUUUAUGUUUCUGUUGUUUUAUAAUACUUCUUAUUAAAAGUUGUAAGUCUGACUUUACAAUGCUAAGGAUUUUUUAUAAAAGGCAGUUUAAUUAUAAAUACAUAGUAUUACGUCAUUUUACACUGCCAAAACUUCUUAGAAUUUAUAAUUAUUAAAAUUAAAGAAAUUUUUUUUUUUAUAGAUUAACAUAUCUUUUUUAAUAUUGUAUAUAUAGUUUUGUAAUUUUAAUAUACAACAUGAUAUUAUGUUGCACAAUCUUUUUUAUUGUAUAAUUUUUUAAAAUAAUAAAAAAAAAAUGUUAAAAAUAUUAAAAGUUCUAUAUAUUGAACAAUCAUUUGGGAAACUAUUAAUUAUAUUCUAAAAUAUAUUGCCAAUGUACAAACAUGCCAAAUCUAGGAUUUUAAAAUUUUUUCAUUUAUAUAGCUAAAUUCAGACUUAUAACAACAAAAAAAAGUGCAAAAUAAUGAUAAUUUUUUAACCAAAAUUUAUAAACAAAAUGUGGAUGUAUUUUAAUAAAUGAAUCAUUGAUAUUAAGAGAGAAAAUUUUUGACAUUUGUAAAAAAAAAUUGUAAAAAUAAACGAUAAAAAAAGAGAGAAAACUUGUGAGAGAACACAAGUACUUUAAAUUGUUGUUUAUAAACAUUUUUUACAGAUAUAUAUUUUAUUGCAUACAGAGAUUGUAUGUGCAUAGCAUAAAUUAUAAGUUGUAAAAGUAAGAUAGUUUACCUAUUGUUAUUGUAAUUAUCAGAUUACUAUACCUUUAUAAAUGUGGACAAAACAAAUAUAUACUACUAUUUAGCUAUUAUUUAUUUUAUUUUAAUUCAACUUCUUAGUGAUUACUAUGGACUGGAUUUAUAAGUGUCAGUGAAUUACAAUUAAAUUAUAAUUUUAAAUUUCAACUCUCAGACCUUGUAUAUAAUACACGGUGGGCCAGACCCCUCUACUAUGCAUCCCUCCUCCCCACCUCCCCAUAUUUCUAAAAAUUGCUUAUCAUUGUGUUCCUUGUAAGACACUUUCUUUACUCGCCAUACUUUCUUUGAAGCACUGACAACAACUUAUUUAUUUCUUACACUCCAUAUUGUUAACGAAAAAAAAAAAAUUAGUCAUAAAAAUUAUUAAGUAGUAGGAUAUACAGAAACAUCCUAUCCCAAUCCCCAUUUUAUUACUACAUAAUGUAUAAAAGAGAGUAAUAAUAGGACAUAUCUUUUCUUAUUGUUAUGACUUAAUUAUGCUACAAAAGUUUGUUCAAAAUUAUCAAAUUAACAUACUCUGAGAUUUUUUUUUCUGUUGGCAUUACAAACCAUGUAGAUCUUUUGCCGCCUUAAUAAGCAUGCUCCAUCUCUGCCUUUACAAUUCUAUCUAUCCAUCUGGUUUUAUCCUUCCACGUGAUCUUUUGCCUGCUGUUGAGGCAUUCAUUGUUACGUAAAGGCUUCCAGAUGGAUUUCUACGUACAUGCCCCACCCAUCUUAGCUCCGUGCCUUCAUAUUAAGGGAUAUUGAUUGACCUGUUUCUGCAAGCAGUUUUUUAUUGGUCUUUCUUCUACAUAUGUUAGUUCUCUGAUCCCUAUAAUACA